GCGUCCAGUUUCGCAGUUUUUGUUUUGAUUCCGCGCGUGUUUGUUGUGUUUUGAGCCGGCUUCCAAACGUUUGGUGUUAGUUCCACAGUAGCAAUCCGGUCAAGAUGACAAAAACCCAACCAACGGAAGAGCUGGGAGCUAAAGUACGCAAGAGUGCCCUCACGGUGUCCCAAAUCAAUGCCGACGAGCUAACUUUCCUGGCGAAUCGUUUCUGGGCUCCGGAUACGGCCGGCGAACAGGAAGGGUACAAUCCGAGCAUCAUCGAUGAAAUCUAUCGCCGGGAAAUUUGCGAAUCACGCUACUCGAUGCGCCGCAUAAUGAUGCUCGAGUUCAGCCAGUAUUUGGAGAAUUACCUGUGGCCAAAUUACCGUGGCGAGGAAGCAACUCGGGCCCAUCUGAUGUCGAUUGUGAUAAUGCUAAACGAGAAGUUUCGCGAAAAGGUGGAAGUGUGGAAAGUGUUCGAAAGCAAUGCGGAUCAGUUUCCGGUGUUCUUCCAGAAGGUGCUGGAAGCGUGUCUGGAGGAAAGUGCGAUCACUCCGCACGGGAUGCGGGAGCAGACCUUUCUGCUGAUGUUUUUGAAUCAUUGCUUCAACAGUAUGGAGGUGGAAAUGUGCCGCAACCAGGCGAAGCGACUUGUCUCGCUGGCCAUGUGGUCCUGUCUGCAGCCAAAGCGGAGAGAGCAGGAGUUGAAGGAGAUCCCGGAGUGGCGGCGGUUCUGGAAGAAGCUGCAGAAAAGAGACAAGGCCGAACAGAAGCAGAAGCUCGACUGGGAGCGGCACUUUCUGCAGAAUUUGACGAUUAAGUUUAUGAACAUUCUGGAGUCAAUCCCAGCCGAGGGCGUGGUGUGUGAGGAAACGGUUCGUUAUUGUGAGCGAUUUCUGGAGUUUUUGAUCGAUUUGGAGGCACUGCUGCCGACGAGGCGAUUUUUCAACACGGUCAUGGACGACUGCCAUGUGGUUGUGCGGUGCUCGAUGGCCCCGCUGCUGCAGCGCGAUGAGGGAAACUUGUUCGCUCAGCUAUUAGAUAUGCUAAAAUUCUACGCCCGUUUCGAGAUCAACGACGAGACUGGCGAUCCUUUGACUGACCACGACAUGACCCAGUUGCACUAUUCCAAGAUCAAAGCCCUGCAGAAGGCGGCCUUCGCCAAGUUCCCAGACCUUCGCAUGUUCGCCCUGUCCAACGUGGCCAACGUGGACACGCGGGAAUCACUGGAGAAACAUUUCGGUGCGCUGGAUGGGAAGAGUCUGAAGCAGAUCGCCUGCUACCUGAAUCUGGUUCCGGAGGAAUUGACACCACCGUUCGAUUGGCAUCGGUUGGAUGAGCCGUUCCUGAGGGAGCUGCUGAUCUCCAGGCACGAGCGACGUGUCUCUCAGCUGGAAUCACUGAACGAGAUGCCACUCUAUCCGACCGAGGAAAUCAUCUGGAACGAGAACAUUGUUCCCACCGAGUACUACUCGGGAGAGGGCUGUUUGGCUCUACCGAAGUUGAAUCUUCAGUUCCUGACACUGCACGACUAUUUGCUGAGGAACUUCAAUCUCUUCCGGCUGGAGUCAACAUAUGAAAUUCGCCAGGACAUCGAGGAUGCAGUUAGUCGAAUGCUUCCCUGGGAAUCGGAAGAGGGAGACGUAGUGUUUGGUGGUUGGGCUAGGAUGGCCCUUCCAAUCCAAUCGUUUGCAGUGGUUGAGGUUUCCAAGCCGCAUAUUGGCGAGAAGAAACCCUCACGCGUAAGAGCGGAUGUUAGCGUAACGCUCAAUGUACGGAAGGAGAUCCAGGAGGAGUGGGAAAACUUGCGCAAGCAUGACGUCUGCUUUUUGAUCAAUGUGAGACCCACUAAACCCAUCGGGACCAAGUAUGACUAUAAGGAGCACUUUAUUCCCCAAGUUGGAUUGGUCCACGUGCGAGGGUGCGAGAUUGAAGGAAUGUUAGAUGCUAACGGGAGGGUAAUCGAGGAUGGAAUCGACCAGAAACCCCAGCUUACGGGCGAGCAACGCACCUACCGGGUUUGGCUGGACUCGAACCAAUAUCGUGUGGAUAUGGAUAGCUUGCAAACGGGAGGGGACGAUGUCUAUGAGGGUUUCAAUAUAAUCAUGAGACGCAAGCCGAAGGAGAACAACUUCAAGGCGGUUUUGGAAACGAUAAGGCAUCUGAUGAACACAGAGUGUGUUGUGCCGCCGUGGCUUCAUGACAUCUUGCUAGGUUAUGGGGAUCCUGGUGCAGCGCACUACAACCGAAUGUCGGAUCAAGCUCGUGUGAUGGAUUUCAACGACACCUUCCUGGACAUUGACCAUGUGCGGAACGGGUUCCCCGGAUAUGAGAUGGUGGUAAAAGAAACUGACCCUCAAAAACUUGUUCGUCCUUUUCGUCUAACGUUCGAAGAUGUCCCUGAACGUAUGGAAAACAGCGACGAGGAGGAAGGUGGUGAAAAGAAGGUCGAGUUGCCGAAAAGAAUAUUAAUUGAACCGUACGUUAUACCCAAACGUGGACCUUACAAGUACAACGAACCCAAAAAGAACACAAUUCGUUUCACUCCAACGCAAGUUGAGGCCAUAAAAGCAGGCAUGCAGCCAGGGCUCACGCUGGUGGUGGGUCCUCCCGGUACCGGUAAGACCGACGUUGCCGUACAAAUUAUCUCCAAUCUCUAUCACAACCACCCUCAGCAACGCACCCUGAUUGUCACCCAUUCCAAUCAGGCGUUGAAUCAGCUGUUCGAAAAAAUUAUGGCACUUGAUAUAGACGAACGGCACUUGCUACGUUUGGGUCAUGGCGAGGAAUCGCUGGAGACAGAGAAGGAUUACAGCCGCUAUGGAAGAGUCAACUACGUUCUGUCCAAGCGCAUUGAUUUGCUAGGACAAGUUCAACGGCUGCAGGAUUCUCUCGGGGUUGUUGGAGAUGUUGCGUACACCUGUGAAACAGCGGGUCACUUUUACUUAUACCAGAUCAUAGCUCGCUGGGAGAAGUUUUUGAACGAUUUCGAGAGCAGCAAAGAAUACAAAAAUGCGGCCGCUUUCGAGGAAGAAUUUCCAUUCACAAAGUUCUUCAACGAUGCGCCCCAGCCGCUGUUCCACGGAAGCACCUACGAGGAGAACAUGGAUGUGGCACACAGCUGUUAUCGCUAUAUUUCGCAUAUUUUCACAGAACUGGAAGAAUUUCGAGCGUUUGAGCUGCUGCGGAGUGGCUUGGAUCGCUCGAAAUAUUUGCUGGUAAAGGAAGCCAAGGUAAUCGCUAUGACCUGCACUCACGCUGCCCUGAAGCGUAAGGAACUGGUCAACAUGGGUUUCAAGUAUGACAACAUUCUAAUGGAAGAGUCGGCACAAAUUCUAGAAAUCGAAACUUUUAUUCCACUCUUGCUUCAAAACCCAAUGGAUGGUUACAACCGUCUCAAGCGCUGGAUUAUGAUUGGAGACCAUCAUCAGUUGCCUCCCGUUAUCAAAAACAUGGCAUUCCAAAAGUAUUCCAACAUGGAGCAAUCCCUUUUCACCCGGUUGGUUCGCCUGGGCGUCCCAACGAUCGAUCUGGAUGGACAAGGUCGUGCGCGGUCCGGAAUUUGCGAACUGUACAAGUGGCGCUACACUAAGCUGGGAGAUCUGGACCACAUCAACCAAUGGGCGGAAUAUAUUAACAGCAAUCCAGGUUUUGUUUACGACUAUCAGCUUAUCAACGUGGAAGAUUUCAACGGUGUUGGUGAAUCGGAACCGAACCCUUACUUCUAUCAGAACCUAGCCGAAGCGGAGUACAUCGUGGCGCUUUUUAUGUACAUGCGUCUUCUCGGUUAUCCGGCGGAGAAAAUUUCCAUCCUCACAACAUACAAUGGCCAGAAACAUCUAAUUCGAGACGUCAUCGAGGCACGAUGCGCCGACAAUUCGCUCAUUGGCAGACCGCACAAGGUCACAACCGUGGACAAGUACCAGGGUCAGCAGAACGAUUAUAUUCUACUGUCGCUGGUGCGUACCAAAACUAUUGGCCACAUCCGGGAUGUCCGUCGUUUGGUUGUGGCCAUGAGUCGUGCCCGCCUCGGCUUGUACAUCUUCGGUCGUGUAUCACUAUUUAAGAAUUGCGUCGAGCUUCAGCCAGCGUUCAAGUUGUUAACGAAGCGUCCUCUGCAACUUCACCUGAGUUCCGACGAGACCUAUCCCAGCGCAAGAAAACUCGGGGAAGGUGCAAGUCAGAAACCAGAGAUAAUCAAGGAUAUGCAAGAAAUGGCCCAGUUUGUUUACAACUAUUACAUGAAAAAGGUCAAUGUUAUUAGAACAGAGAUGGAAAAAAUGAAGGAAUUAUAUGAGCAGCACAAGAAAACCCAGGAAGCCAAUAAACCUAUUCCGGAAGAGAUUGAAACCGAGCCGGCUGAGAAGCAGACGAGUGGGCAAGGAAAACCUGAGGAGUUUGCACCGACUCUGAUUCGUAAUGAGAUCGAUUUUGAUGAACAGCUGGAAGUUGGCAAACGAGGUAAGAAACGAGUCGCUCAGAAGCCUAUCGAUCAGCAGGAGAACGUAUCAGAAACAGGAGAUGUGGUCGAAGGAACCGAGGGGGACAAACAAGGCGACGGAGAGAAUAUAGAUGAAAGCAUGAAAUCAACAGAAGAAAAUGAUGCAGCAAAAGAAAAGAAUACACCCGAGAUCAAGGACAGAAUUGAUGAAACAAACGUUCCCGAGGGAGAGAAAGCAGCCGAAGAGGAGAAAACAACAGAGGAAGGAAAGCAAGUAGAGCAAGGAGAGAAAAUGGAGACAGGAAGCACCGAAUGAGGAAGCCACAUUUUGGCAGAUCAACCGAUCGAGAUUGGUUUGGACUUGAAAUAUUUUUAUCCCAUGUAUUAAUAAACGUAUUAUUCAAUUCAUCAUG